GCACGGGUGAAAGUGACAUCACUAUGGGAACUGCCAUAUGGGGAGGAAGGAUGUCGCUCGUUCUCGACUCCUGCUCAAAAAUGCUGAUCUGGUGAUCCUUCGACUCUGUCCUGACCUACCAUGGUCACCAGGCUCCUCUGCUGGGUGGCCCUCUGCCUCCUGGGGUCAGGUGAUGCAGAUACUGGAGUAUCCCAGUCCCCUAAAUACAGGAUCACAGUGAGGGGACAGAAUGUAACUCUUUGGUGUGAUCCAAUUUCCGGUCAUGCUGUCCUUUAUUGGUACCGACAGACUCUGGGACAGAGCCCAGAGUAUUUGCUUUAUUUCCAGAACAAUUUCAUGUCAGACAAUUCUGGUCUGCCCAGCGACCGCUUCUCUGCUGAGAGGGCUGGGGGCUCGUCCUCCACUCUGAGAAUCCAGCCCGCAGAGGCGGGGGACUCGGCCCUGUAUCUCUGUGCCAGCAGCUUAGCCACAGUGGGGCACUGUCCCCUCCUUCCUGCUCACAAACCCUCCUGUGCUCAGCUCUCCCCACAGUUCUCAGAAGCUCUGGCCAAGGAGCUGCCCUGGUCUUGCCGCAUCAAAGGGCAGAAACGCAUUUGGGACUUCAAGUGCUCUUCUGAUAAGAGAAAUGGCUGUUUCAUGCCUACCUCACCACCAAAAUCGAAAGAUGAAUUUGAGGCUGAAAACACAAAUCAGCCAGUGCUGUUCUGUGCCCUGGAAGACCCUGACACCUUCUUUGGGACAGCCUCAGCAAAGGACCAUGAACUGCAGCCUGCAUGGGCAGAGGCUUCUCUGGAGUCUACAUUUGAUGAAGACUGGGAAGGUCUUCCAUGA